AUAUCGCUCCGUGACACAUUAGAUCGGGAUCGGACUUCCGUUUGAACUAAAAAUAGAAACGGGAGUAUGCUAUAAAUACUUUUCAGUUUACUUCACCAGGCAGUGUAUAUUGUGCAAGUACCAGUAAUCAUUGACCGGAUAUGUCACUUUGAGAAAUAUGACUGCAAAAUCUGGGAGGCAGAGAGUUAGAUAAAGUGAACAAGUGAGCGGACCACGGACUCUAGCUUCAAUACACAGAGAGAGUGAGCGGACCACGGACUCUAGCUUCAAUACACAACCAUACACCAGGUGGUUCUCAAUCUGUAGAUUAUGAUAAACAUAGCUGUGUCGACCUCCACGCUAGUAUUGGUGUGUGUCUACAAUUAAAGGAAGCCUCAUUUUGACCAAACAGUCUUUGAAAAUCUAAACAAAUAUCACAACAAAGUGACAAUGAAGUCUUUGGAGGAUAUUUGCAUUCACUGUAUCAUGAACAGCAUUCAGGAGAUACCCCACAUCAGGAACCGUCUUCCCCGAAUCUACAAGGAACUGCUUCUGACACGACUCAGUGAACACAAUCUCUUGACCCCAAAUGUGAUAAAGUAUAUCAAGCAUGAACUGUUUGUGAAUUCAUUACAGCAUCUCCAGUUGUACCAUUGUGAUCAAGUUAAUGACCAAUUCCUGAAAUCAUUUGCUGAUUCGGAUAGACAGCUGAAGACUCUUGUCAUCGAGAAGUGUGAUGUCUCAGAUGGUGGAGUUUUAGCGGUGACACAGCAUCAGAGGGCUCUGGAGACGCUCGUGUUAAAGAAUCUGGUCAAUCUAACACCAAAAGGCCUGGGGAACGUGAAAUCUCCAGCUCUCCGUGCACUUAAUCUAACGGGCUGCUCACUGAUGAAUUCAAAAGGUAUUCUGACCAUCCUACAAAACAACCCCAAUGUGCAAGUUCUCCGUCUCGCUGGACAAGGCAACCACAAAUACGACGAUCAGUUGUUCCACAACAUCGCGGAGACUGUGGGCCCCACGCUGAGGGAACUUCACUUUGCCCCUCAUACCAUCAGCGAUGUCUGUCUGUGUGUCCUGGCCACUCGCUGUCCAAAUCUCCAAGUAUUGGAUUUAUAUGGCUGCCCUAGAAUUACUGGAGGAUCAUUAUUAAAGUUAACACAAGGCUGUACCUCCCUAAGGAAUCUGGAUCUAUCCUAUUGCGUACACUUGAGUCAGAGUCCCGACAACCAGUCACUAUGGACACUUCCUGUUUCCUUGACGACACUGUCACUGUGUGGAAUCAUGCUUGAAGACAGUACAAUUUUGGUGGAGGCCUUGGAGAGAUUGAGAAACCUCCAAUCCAUUCGGCUGUGUGGCAUACCUUGUCUGGACGACACCACAUUCACACAGAUUAUAGAGAAAAGAGGAUGCAGCCUGACGGAGAUUGACCUGAGUGGGAUGAGAAAGACCGACUUUACAGAUGAAGGGCUGAGAGCCAUUAGUCGCUACUGUAAAUCCCUGGAGAUCCUAAACAUCAGCAUGUGUCACGAGUUCACGGGCGAGUCUCUGCUGCCUUUACUGGAGGACCCAGCCCGGGCCAACAUCAUCACCAAGUUAUUUCUGUCCUCCAGAAAGAUAAACUACGACGUGUUAUGUGCAGCAGCCAGCCACUGUCACAGCCUGAUUAGCCUGGACCUGGGCGGAGUUGGAUGUGUGGAUGACCAGCUGAUGUGUCUGUUAGCCCACAACACUCCUAAACUUCAGAGGCUCGGAAUUAAGGGCUGCAGCAAGGUAACAGAUAAAGGUUUCUGUACCUUGAGUGGGCAUUGUCAGGACUUGUCCACCCUUGUUCUGUCGGGAUUGAACAACAUCACGGACAAGUCUAUCUUCUGUAUCGCCAACAAUUGUCCAUACAUGGAGGAAAUUUACCUGAACGGCUGUAAACAGAUCUCUACCACCACAUUACAGUAUCUCAUGGAUUGUUGUGUGUCCAGUUUGUACAUCCAACAUGUGACCCCCAAUGUGGCCCCAGAGCAGCUGAUGGCCAAAAACCUGGACACAGGAGAAUUCUGUAGAGUGGACCUUAUUGACUAUACCACUCACAGCAGGCGAAGGAAAAUCAUGAAAGAGGAACUAAUAGGUCUGUAAGGAGGGGUUAGAAAUACGAACGUUAUUACAGAGAAUAUCCGACAUUAUACCGAGACCUCUUAUCUGGAGAUAUUGCUGUAGUGAUGACUUUGUCUAAACAAACAUGUAGUCAGUGGAAAUCCACAUGAAAGGAAAUGCGAAGCCGACCAGAAAAUUACAAAUUUUAUUUGUAGAAGAGAUGUUUUCGAAUAAGAUAUCCACCAUUUCAGUGUACAGCUUUAACGAACAAUACAUGUAGCUCUUAUUGAUCUUGUAGAUAGACUAGUGUAGUAUUAUAGAGUGCUUUCUCUAGUGGAUGCAGAAUUACAAUAUCUAACGAUGUGAUAAAUAUAUCUGAUGUUUUAUUCAAUAAUGAAAUAAUAUUAACAUGUUAAUGCUUUGUUUAUUUAAAAGUUUUAUGUAAUGAGGCAUUGUUUAUCCUGAUGUUGUCUAAAUAGUUUUUCUCACAAUAGGACUGCUGCUUUUUAUUUUCGAAUUCUUGAAAAAAACCCAUUUUUUAAAAUGUGAUUUUUGUCAUUAUGUGUUUUCUUGGAAGUCUCUUCAGAAUUUUGAUGUUGUUAUCAGUAUUAGAUUGAAUAGGGACUGGUACUUGUCCAUUGGUGUCUAUGUUUGACAAUUAUAUCUCAUCCUAAAGUGUAAACAAUAUCCACCCACAUGUCUAAAUUAUAUCCAUUCUCAAUCCAUCCGAAAGCUUCCUGACGGUGCUAAUUCAGGUUUUUUAAAAUCAUGACCCCUGGGGUAGGAUGGGGCCACAAUAGGGGGUCAAAGUUAUAAAUACAAAUAUAUAGGGAAAAUUUUUAAAAAUCUUCUCAAGAAACACUGGGCCAGAAAAGCUGAGAUUUACAUGAAAGCUUCCUGACAUUGUGCAGAUUCAAGUUUGUUAAAAUCAUGGCCCCUGGGGGUAGGACGGGGCCACAAUAGGGGAUCAAAGUUUUUCAUACUAAUAUAUAGAAAACAAGAGGCCCACAGGCCUCAUUGGUCACCUGAGUACUAGUGAAAAAAUAUCACUACUCCCAAGGGUUAUGAAAUCUAGAAAAUAUUUCCUGUUCUGAAUAUCUAAGCUAAAUUCUGAUGUUCAGCAACAGUAUAGAACAAGAUGUGUUUUUAAAACUUCAAUACCCCAAAAGUACAUAAACUGAUGAGAAGCUUUACGUAAUAUAAUAGGUGUAUCAACCUUAAAACAUUGUAAGAUAUAACUAAUCUGAACCCAUCCGAGAGUCAAACCCUGGGUUGUGAAAUUUACAAACUACCUUUUGCAACUAAUGCAAAUAAAGACUUAAUUUAAUGUUUCCAGUCUAAAUUCUUUGAAAAGAAGUACUCGUAAAAUUCAAAAAGCAGAUUUUGUCAUUUUACACUCCCUUUUUUGGCAGCCAUAUUUUUACAAAAAUUAUUGCAACAACAAUUUUUUGUGGAGAAUUUAUGUUUAUUUAAUGUACUCAUCUCAUAUUUAAAGAAAAAUUCCCAUUAUCUCUCUUGAUUUAAGCUGUGCUCUCUUGUAGCAAGCACUUAAAGUGCUGUGGUCAUUUCUCAAAUGAGGCUUAAAAACGGGAGUAACCCCAACCUAGGGUAGAACAAAAUACAACCUAUAUGAUUUGAUGCAGAAUUUUGUCUAGAUUAUGGAAAUGAUGGUUGUAGUCUGAUAAAAUGUGUUUGAUAUAGCUUAUAUUUGGAUUUUCUGUUACAAAGUCAAACUUUUUGGGGGGAAAAAAUAGCAAGUACAUUUCGUACAUUUACGGCCGACUUUAUGCAGGGAAUCAAACAAGGUUGGAUCUAAUCCACGCAGCCUGAUCCAGUAGAUUGUAUCAUGCCUCUUAUAUGUCAAAACUGUACAAGUUUAUUUUAAUAAUGAAAGAAAUAUGUUCUAAAAUUGUCAAAAA